AUGUUUGAGAAGAUUUUUCAAUGUCCUGAAGGUACUUGGGGUUUCAACUGUACAAACAAGUGCCCAGCUUGUGCCAAUGGGGCUUUGUGCAAUCAUGUGGAUGGUACCUGCUCAUGCCCGGCGGGCUACGAAGGCCGGCUCUGCGAUAGACUGUGUGUGGCCGGAUUCUGGGGUCUGGGCUGCGCCAAACAGUGCCAUUGUGCAUCAGAAUUCAAACAAUGCGAUCCACAUACGGGUGAAUGCGCCUGUCCAGCUGGUUGGCAAGGCGAUCGGUGCAAUAAACCCUGUGAAGAUGGCUAUUAUGGAGCAGAUUGUAUAAAUAAGUGCAAAUGUCGCGGCACAUCGUCAGCAAGUUGUCAUCGAGUGACAGGAGCUUGUCAGUGCCACGCUGGAUUCACUGGAGAGUUUUGUCAUGCUUUAUGCCCAGAAGGUACCUAUGGGCUGCGCUGCGCACGCGAAUGCGGUGAUUGUGGCGUGGGAUACGAGUGCGACGCGGCUAUAGGGUGUUGUCAUGCGGAUCAGCUAAGUUGCGGACAAGCAUUAAUGGAAUUCCAACGACAACAAGGAAGCGAGGGUCAAUCACGUACUGGAAUUAUCGUUUUGGCUGUGAUCAUCUUCGCUAUCCUAUCCGUGCUGCUCGUUUCAAUGAUGCUCUAU